CACACUUCAAAAGGAAAUUAAAGGGAGAAGGAAGCACUCAACUUCCCUCCCCUUGUAUUCCAUGAAUCUAGUUACAAUCUUUACAUAACCCAAAUGCCGAACCUAAUACCUUAAUUUUCCCAAUCCUCUCUUCUUCAAUUUCAUACCACUGCUUCUCUUGCUUUCGUUUCUGCAGAGCUCUUCUCCUUACGUUGCUUUUUCAACCUGCUUCAUCGCUCCUCGCCGGAAAAUGGAUGGAUCAACAGUCCAAGGUGGGAGCAGCGUGGAGUCAUUUCUACGGAACUAUAAGCUUGGGAAAACUCUUGGCAUUGGAUCAUUCGGAAAAGUUAAAAUAGCUGAACAUACCUUAACAGGGCAUAAAGUUGCUGUCAAGAUUCUCAAUCGUCGGAAAAUCAAGAACAUGGAAAUGGAAGAAAAAGUGAGAAGGGAAAUUAAAAUAUUGAGAUUGUUCAUGCAUCCUCACAUCAUUCGGCUGUAUGAGGUUGUAGAGACACCAUCAGAUAUAUAUGUUGUGAUGGAGUAUGUGAAAUCUGGUGAGCUGUUUGAUUACAUUGUGGAGAAGGGCAGACUACAAGAGGAUGAAGCUCGUAAAUUCUUCCAGCAGAUAAUCUCUGGUGUGGAGUACUGCCACAGGAACAUGGUGGUUCAUAGAGAUCUUAAGCCUGAGAACCUCCUUUUGGAUUCCAAAUGGAAUGUGAAGAUUGCAGAUUUUGGGUUGAGUAAUAUCAUGCGUGAUGGUCACUUUCUCAAGACAAGUUGUGGUAGCCCAAAUUAUGCUGCGCCGGAGGUGAUAUCAGGAAAGUUAUAUGCUGGACCUGAGGUAGAUGUAUGGAGCUGUGGUGUUAUUCUAUAUGCUCUUCUCUGUGGCACCCUUCCAUUUGAUGAUGAAAACAUUCCCAACCUCUUUAAGAAAAUAAAGGGUGGUAUGUAUACUCUGCCCAGCCAUUUAUCAGCUGGUGCAAGGGAUCUGAUCCCAAGGAUGCUUAUAGUUGACCCUAUGAAGCGAAUGACUAUUCCUGAGAUUCGUAUGCACCCUUGGUUCCAAGCUCAUCUACCACGCUAUUUAGCUGUACCUCCACCAGAUACGAUGCAACAAGCGAAAAAGAUUGAUGAAGAUAUUCUUCAAGAGGUGGUCAAAAGGGGAUUUGACAGGAACAGUCUUGUUGCCUCUCUCUGCAAUAGAGUUCAGAAUGAGGGUACUGUGGCGUACUAUUUGCUGCUGGACAACCGCUUUCGUGCUUCCAGUGGCUACAUGGGAGCUGAAUUCCAGGAGACUAUGGAAUACGGUUAUCAUCAAAUAAAUUCAAGUGAAGCUGUUGCUUCCCCUGUUGGGCAACACUUGCCUGGAAUAAUGGAUUUUCAACAAGUUGGUGCGAGGCAGUUUCCCGUCGAAAGGAAAUGGGCUCUUGGACUCCAGUCUCGAGCGCAUCCACGUGAGAUAAUGACAGAGGUUCUGAAAGCUCUGCAAGGACUGAAUGUACGUUGGAAGAAGAUCGGACCCUACAACAUGAAAUGCCAAUGGGUUCCUGGCGUACCUGGCCAUCAUGAAGGCAUGAGUAAUAAUUCCAUACACAAUCCAUUCUUUGGAGAUGAUUCAACCGUCAUUGAGAACGGUGGUGUCACUAUACCUAAUGCAGUGAAGUUUGAAGUUCAGCUUUAUAAAACUCGGGAGGAGAAAUACCUGCUUGACCUUCAAAGAGUACAGGGUCCACAGUUCCUUUUCUUGGAUCUCUGUGCUGCUUUCCUUGCUCAGCUUCGGGUUCUCUAAAGUCUGGCAAUCUUAAUCUAACCUGGAAAACUAUUGAUGCUUGCCUAGAGAGCUAGUCCAUGUAUAUAAUUGGUAUACCAGCUCAGUUACAAAAAUUUCUGUUGCUAAAUUCCACCCUGUUUUGUCAGAGGUGCCUAGCAAAUCUUUUUGUCGACUCUCUAGGAGUUCUAGCUUUUCCCAUCUGUAACGUGCUUACUAUAGUGUUCUAUUGUUCUCGGUUUCCUGGUGUUCAGUUAACAGACUGAACUAAUGGGAAGCAUUCACAAGAUGAAGAGUCAUUUGACACCUUUUGUAUUGUUUGGCUUUAAUUUAUUAGUGUGCUCUCGUGCACCUCUCUCCUACUUAAUUUAUUAUUCUUUUAGGUUU